CAUCGUGUUGUUUUUUUACACAUUGGAGGCUGAUGUGUACCAAUCCUACUCUUUUUUACACAUUGUGUCACCCUUUCUUCCCUUUUCCUUGUCAUGGAUCCCAUUUAGGCCUAAACAAGGAAGAAGGAAAGCCUACGUCUUCGCUCAAAUUUGCAACAAAAAAUCGAAGACUCAUUUCUCAAAGAAAUCUUUGAAUUGAAUUCACUUUUGAGUGUGGGAUGAGAGUCAACUGAACUCUUUCUAGCGAAUCUCAAGAAAAUAUUAAAGCUUAUAAGAGCCUUUGCACAUUCAGUGUUGCAAUUGGUGGUGGGGUUCAAGGUGAAGGACAUAGUAAAGGAUACCAGGACGUUAUGAUUAAAAAUGUUUCCUACAAAAGAAUGUUAGCAAGCAUGCUUAGGCAUUUAAAGUCUUUGGCAGGUGAUGAUAGUAUUAGGGAUAUUAUGAGGAUUGUCAAAGAAGAGGUGGUAUGUGAGUUUUAAGUGGACCAUGAGGUUAAUUUUGUUGAAAUUGCUCCUCUAGCAAUAAGUUAGAUUGAUAAUAAUGUAGUUUAUAAGGAUUGGGGACCACAAAAUAGGGUAGGCUAGAAUGGUAACGAUGAAGUUAAUGAGGGAGAAAAGGAAGGUGACAUAAGGAAUAUAACCCAAGACAUGGCAAUUGGUGGUAAUAAGGGUAAAUUUGGAAAUUCAUAUGAAAAAGGUGAAUGGAGUAAUAGAGGUGGCUAUGAAGAAGACUGUUCUGUUGAUGACUGGAGCUCAAUAGAUGAAGCAACAGAUCUUGUUGAUGGUAGUGACAGAGAUGAUGAUGAAGCCAUUGCUGUGAAGGCUACUACAAGGUCUUCAAGGAGACCAACAAAAGGAUUAGAAGUUCUUCCAAGUUUUCCAACACCAAAAAUAGGGGCUAGGUACAAAAUUGUUGCAAAGAAGCCUACUCCUAGAUCUACUUUCACAAAGAAAGCAACAGAUCCAACCUCAACAUGCACAAGUAAAGGGGUUCCAAUAGAUCCUGUUGAGAAGGCCAGAAGGAGAAAGGAAAAGGCCAAACUUGCAAAUAAGAGGUAUAAAACAUUGCCACAAAGUAAUGAGUCUUACAAGGGGAAAAACUUAACCCCUAAAAAAGGGAAGAAGGGAGAUCUAGUACAUCCAUCCCAAUCAGCUCCAGUGGAUAAUGAUGAUGAGGGCAUAUACAAUGAUAAUGAUGGGAGAGACAGUGAAUAUGCUCCAAGUGAUGAUGCUGGCAAGUUGAGGGACUCAUCAAUAGAUUCUGAAGAUGACAUUUUUCCUACUCCUAAGGCAAUAGAUAGACCAAGGAGAGCUGUAAAUGUCUACUUUAAUCUUGCUUGGGAGGUCCUUAUUUUUGAAGUGGGAAUGAGGUUUCAAAGUUCCAAACAAUUCAAGGAAGCAAUCAAACAUUAUUCUAUGAGGAAAGGAUGUCCUCUUAUACACAUCAGGAAUGAACCUAAGACGCAGAGAAAUCCUAACAACAAGAUGAUGACUUGUGAGAUGGUGGCUGAGUACUUCAAGAGUAGAAUUUAUGCCACUCCUUUCAUAAAAUGUAAAAACAUGAUGACAUUUGCUUAUAAUGAGCUUAGGAUAAAUGUUGACUUCAAGAAAUGUGAAAUGGCAAAAGAAUGGUUAUAUUGUGCAAAGCACCUCUACUGCAAUCUUGCAAGGCGAAAUAAAGGUGAUGACAUCACGCUUGCAUUUUGGUUGGCAUGUAGGGCAACCAAUGAGUUCGACUAUCUGGACAAAAUGGAUGCUUUGAAGGCAUUGUCUAAGGAGGCUUAUGUUGAACUGAAUGAAUUGCAUGGUAAUUUCUUGUGCAAAGCCUUUUUGGAUGAGCAUUGUAAGUCUGAUGUGGUUCAUAAUAAUAUGUGUGAGACUUUUAAUGCAUGGAUUUUGGGUGCAAAAUGCAAGACCAUUAUUUCAAUGUUUAGGACUUUAAUUGACCAGUGAUGGAGAGAUUUAAAGACAAAAAGUUGUUUGUUGAUACAUGGGCAACUAAUAUUGCACCUAGAGUUCUGAAGAAAAUUAAUGAUAAUAAUAACCUGUCAAUACAAUGCAAUGUUCGGUGGAAUGGUGACAACAACUUUGCUGUGUUUGAUUAGCAUACACAGCAUACACAUGUGGUCAAUGUCUAGGAAAGAAAUUGCUCAUGUAGAG